AUGGCUUCAGCAUCUCUCCUCAGGUCAUCGCCGGUCCUCGACAAGUCCGAAUUCGUCAAGGGCCAAACGCUCCUCCGCCAGCCAUCUGCUGUCGUCCGUCCUAAAGCCGCCCCCUCAGCUCUUACCAUCCGUGCAUCCUCGUACGCCGAUGAGCUCGUCAAAACCGCGAAAACCGUAGCCUCUCCAGGGCGCGGGAUUCUCGCCAUGGACGAGUCGAAUGCCACGUGUGGCAAACGGCUGGCUUCUAUAGGCCUAGAGAACACUGAGGCCAAUCGCCAGGCGUACCGGACCUUACUUGUCACUGCUCCCGGGCUUGGUAACUACAUUUCGGGCGCAAUUCUCUUUGAGGAAACUCUUUACCAGUCGACUACCGAUGGCAAAAAAAUGGUUGAUGUUCUUGUCGAGCAGAACAUUGUUCCUGGAAUAAAAGUCGACAAGGGUUUGGUCCCACUUGCUGGCUCGAAUGACGAGUCGUGGUGCCAAGGUCUCGAUGGACUUGCUUCGCGCUCCGCGGCUUAUUACCAACAGGGUGCUCGUUUCGCCAAAUGGCGUACUGUUGUGAGCAUUCCCAAUGGACCGUCUGCACUGGCCGUGAAGGAGGCCGCUUGGGGCCUGGCCCGUUAUGCCGCCAUCUCUCAGGACAAUGGUUUGGUCCCAAUCGUGGAGCCUGAGAUUCUUUUGGAUGGUGAGCAUGGAAUUGAUAGGACUUUCGAGGUGGCCCAAAAGGUGUGGGCCGAGGUUUUCUUCUACUUGGCCGAGAACAAUGUGUUGUUCGAGGGCAUUCUUCUCAAGCCCAGUAUGGUGACACCUGGCGCCGAGUGCAAGGACAGGGCCACGCCCGAGCAAGUUUCGGAUUAUACCCUCAAGCUCCUUCACAGGAGGAUUCCCCCUGCUGUCCCUGGAAUCAUGGCAAGUUUUCGUAUUUAUACGCAGCAAUUUUUCUUCUUGUCGGGUGGGCAAUCGGAGGUUGAAGCGACACAAAAUCUGAAUGCCAUGAACCAGGGCCCGAACCCGUGGCACGUGUCGUUUUCUUAUGCGCGGGCCCUACAGAACACAUGCCUCAAGACUUGGGGAGGCCGCCCGGAAAAUGUGCAGGCGGCCCAAGAGGCUUUGCUUAUUCGGGCCAAGGCCAACUCACUUGCGCAGCUCGGGAAAUACACGGGCGAAGGUGAAUCCGAGGAGGCCAAAAAGGGCAUGUUUGUCAAGGGCUAUAGCUACUAA